UUUCCUUCACUUGGCCAAAAUGAAUAUAUAGAUAUAAUUCUAAGAAGAAAAAAAAAAUUUUGAUGAGAAUUUUAUGAAGAAUUUUUGAAUGAUGUGGUUUAAAAUGUUUUCCAGGAUUGCAGAUUGUCUUCUUCCUGUGUUUUGUUUCUAGAUCAAAGGACCUCGGGAACCAAAGGGAGAUUCUCAGAUUAAGGCUUUUAAUUUUUUUUUAGGGUUUUGGGAAGAAUCAAUCCAUCUGUUUUUCUUCAUUUUAUGAAAAUUGGUUUUUUUUUUGGAGUACAAAUUGAUGCUUUUCAGAUUCAUUUUACUUCGAUUGCUUCUGUUUUUAUAAUCCUUUCUUCUCUUCUGCAGGCCAAAGUUGCUUUCUUUGUCUGCAUUUCAAGUUCGAAUCACAGUUUAUAUAGUUGUCGACAAACUUCUCUGGUAGCUAAGAACUGCAACAUAGCUUUUGGUUUUUUCUUGGCUUGCUAAGAUUGUUGCAUUCAAUGUUCUCCAUUGAGGGGUUUAAUCCUAAUGGAGCACAAGAAGGAUUUGAAGAUGAGUGUAGUGUGAAGCAGACCCAAUUUUUCACAACUGAAGAUGUGGGAAACAUCGUCGAUGAUUUCUGGUCCAUUUAUAGCUUCAGCCAAGAAUCUCAAACUGAUAAAGGUACUAUCUUGCCAUCUAGUGUGACAGAAUCCAUUCCAGAGUUCAUUGCACCUCAAACACCAUUAAUGGUGUUUGAACCCAAUCUAGAAAAUCCCAUUGUUCAAGACAUCACUGAGUUUGUUUUGCCAAAAAAGAAGUCAUGCACUGGAGUCCUUUCCUCACUGGAGAUUCUGAAUAGUUAUAAACCGUGUCAUAAUCGCUUGCAAGUCGGAAAUCUGAAUGGAGAGAUUGUGGGAUUUGAUUCAAAUUCAUUGGAUGGAGAAACGCGGUUUUCUACUGAAGAGAUUGUUAGAUUUGCUGCUGCUCGUUAUAUCGAGUUAUCUUCCCCAACUGAAGGUAAUAAUUCCAUGCUUAGAAACCCUUUAGGCUUAUCUUUGUCGGGCUUCAAUAAUGAGGAAAUCCAGAAUGUUGAGCUUGCAAGCUUAUUACUUGCUGCUGCUGAGAAGGUAAGCAAUCGACAAUAUGAUAGAGCGAGCAAUUUGCUUAGACAAUGUGAAACUUUCUCCUCUCAUUGCGGCCAUCCAGUUCAAAGACUUGUUUACUACUUCUCCGACGCAUUGCAAGAAAGAAUCGAUAGAGAAACUAGGAGGCUAUCAGCAAAGAGACCAAGGGACAAGGGUCUACCGGCAGAGGAUGUUGCGAAAGAAAUGUUAACUAGUCAUCCAAUACAUCUGAUUGCUCAGAAAACACUACCAUUCUCGCAAGUCAUUCAGUUUACUUCAAUUCAAACAAUUCUGGACAAUGUUGCGACGAUGAAGAGAAUUCAUCUUGUUAAUUUGUCUAUCAAGCAUGGCUUCCAAUGUACUAUUUUGAUGCAAGCUCUGGCAACAAGAUCUUCAUGCCCUGUUGAUUACUUGAGGAUCACUGGAGUUGGAGCAUCAGAAGAGCCUGUAUUACUCACUGGACAGAGAUUGGUGAGUUUCGCUGAAACCUUGUCUUUACCAUUUGAUUUCCGUGUUGUAGCUGUUUCAGACAUGAAAGAUCUCAGAGAAGAUAUGUUUGAAAUCGAGCCUGAUGAAGCAUUGGCUGUUUAUAGUUCACUUGAUAUGAAUAGCAUGAUUGUUAGGCCUAACAGUUUGGAGAACCUCAUUAGAGUCAUGAGGAAACUCAAACCGAUUAUAAUGAUGAUCGUUGAUUUAGAGGCUAAUCAUAAUUCACCGUCUUUCAUCACUCGUUUCACCGAAGCAUUGUUCUUUUACAGUGCCUACUUUGAUUAUGUCAAUUGUUAUCUUGAUAGAAGUGAUUCAAAUAGAACUUUUCUAGAGGGAUACUUCUUUGCAGAAGGAAUGCGGAGCAUAAUUGCGACGGAGGGCAGUGAGAGACUAAUAAGACAUGUCAGUAUAAGCAUUUGGAGGGUGUAUUUUGCGCGGUUUGGACUUGUGGAAGUUGACUUGAAUGAGUGGGCAUCUUAUCAAGCUAGUCUUCUUCUUAAGAAGUUUGCGCAUUCGAGCUCAUGCACACUCGAUAAGAACGGGAAAUCGUUGACUGUGGGAUGGAAAGGCCGGGUUUGGUUACAUCAACACAUCAAGGUUUAUCUUUCGGUAUAUACCUUUGUUUCUUUCAAUCAGUAUCAAUGUGUCGGAACCGAUACUUUUAUAUUGACAGUGGUAUUCAUGCAGACUUCUAAUGAUAAAUUGCUGAAUUCAAUCAGAAACUAUACCAUGAUAUAAGUUGGUGAAUUCAACUGAUUCUCUGCAGAAAUUCAUUUGAUUUAUGAAGUUCAAACUCAUGUGUCGAACACUGUUGAUUUAGAAAUGAGAAUUUGAUUGAUUUCUUGAAGAGAACACAGUGAUUAUGAAGUCCAUGAAUGUGAAUUUCAUGAAGAACUAAAAUGUAACAGGAUUCAAAGAAUGUAAUUAUGACUCUUCAAAUCAUGAAUGAU